AUGGAUUGUCAGGCUAGAGUUUCCCUGCAGUUUACGGCCGCCUUACUGCAGGCAGAAAUGCAUAUGAACAAUGUUCAGAUGGACCUUCAGCAGUAUCUUUCCCACAGGAGAAGAAGGCGCCACAGGGGUCAGCGAAGACGAUAUUGGUCGAGGUCAUGGCUGAGCCCGGAGAGACGAAGGCAGUUCGGUCUGUAUGACCAACUCAUGGUAGAACUGCGGCGGGAGGACCCUGCCGCCUUCUGCAACUUCAUGCGCAUGCAUCCGGAGAUGUUUGACGAAAUCUUGACACGUGUGGGGCCACGCAUCACCAAAAAGCAGACCUGGAUGAGGGAACCGCUGGAGCCAGGGUUGAAGUUGGCCCUCACACUUCGGCAUUUAGCAUCAGGUAUGCCAGGCAAUUGUAGACGAGUAUUUGAUGAGGUGAUGCCACUGCCAACUGAUGCCGGAGACUGGCUGGAGAUAGUGGACGGCUUUAAGAAGAAGUGGAACUUCCCACACACCCUUGGGGCGCUAGAUGGCAAACACAUCAGCUGCAAGAAACCACCAGGAUCGGGGUCAACUUACUUCAAUUACAAGAAGUUCUUCUCUGUACUGCUCUUUGGUUUGGUCGACGCAGACUACAAAUUUGUCUGGGUGGAUAUUGGUGGACGAGGCGCUGCAGGUGAUGCUCAGGUGUGGAAUGAGUCAGACCUUAAGGAGGCAGUCGAUAGUGGAGAAAUGCCAAUCCCUCAGUCUAAACCCCUGCCAAAAGACAACGUGGAUGUUCCAUACUUCUUCAUUGGAGAUGAUGCAUUUGCCUUGCGACCCACCAUGCAAAAGCCCUUUAGUCUGAGAGGCAUCUCCAGGGAAGAGCGCAUAUACAACUACAGGUUGUCCCGGGCACGACGAGUGGUCGAGAAUGCCUUUGGUAUCUUGGCCAAUCGGUUCCGCGUUCUGCUGACCACAAUGCAACACCCACCCAGCACUGUGCGCCUCAUCACUACUGCCUGCAUCUGCCUUCACAACUGA